UUUUAUUUUUCAAAUGGCCGAGCAGGAAGAGAAACACUUUGCGCUCCAUUCUGCGAACGGAUGUUGUUCGUAGCGACGCUUUUUCCUCUAAUUUGAUCAAAUCCUCCUCCUUGUUCCCAAGAAGAUAGCUGUAAUGGCGUCCUCCAUGCCCGUAAAGAUAGGAAUCAUCGGCGGCUCCGGUCUUGAUGAUCCAGAUAUCCUGGAGGGAAGAACGGAGCGUUAUGUUGACACGCCAUAUGGAAAGCCAUCAGAUGCUUUGAUAGUGGGGAAGAUCAAAAAUGUGGAAUGUGUGCUCCUAGCAAGACAUGGGAGACAACACACCAUAAUGCCAUCGAACGUGAACUACCAGGCCAACAUCUGGGCUCUCAGAGAAGAAGGCUGCACUCAUCUAGUGGUCACCACGGCUUGUGGCUCCCUGAGGGAAGAGAUUCAGCCCGGAGACAUCGUCAUCAUAGAUCAGUUCAUUGACAGGACCACCAAGAGGCCUCAGACGUUGUAUGACGGGCAGCCCACCAGUCCGCCGGGUGUCUGUCACAUCCCCAUGGCCGAGCCUUUUUGCAACAGAACUAGAGAGGUUCUGGUGGAGGUGGGACGGAGUCUGGGCGUCAAGUGCCACGUGCGAGGCACCAUGCUGACCAUCGAAGGACCCCGCUUCUCCUCGCGGGCUGAGAGCCUGAUGUUCAGGCAGUGGGGCGCCGACGUCAUCAACAUGACCACCGUGCCGGAGGUGGUCCUCGCCAAAGAGGCUGGCCUGUGCUACGCCAGCAUCGCAAUGGCGACAGACUACGAUUGUUGGAAGGAACACGAAGAAGCGGUCUGCGUUGAUAACGUCCUAAAGACGAUGAAGGAGAACGCAAACAAAGCCAGCAGCAUCCUGCUGACUGCCGUACCGCAGAUCAGUCAGAUGGACUGGACUCAGACCAUGAAGAACUUAAAAUCCAUGGCACAGUCUUCAGUGAUGCUACCAAAGCACUGAGUGGCAGUACAAAAAUUGAAGAGGAAAAGAGGAAAAAUACCAGACACCACAAGCACAGAUUCCGCACAGACAACGGACCCUGAGUCUGUGGAUUCCCAAUCGGUGAAUCACAAAAAAAGUGCCUCACAGGAAUAGUGCACCGCUGUUUGUUUAUCUGGAGUCUUAGGGCUCCGUGUCAGUUCAAAAUUCACCUCGAAGCACCUCCUCAUGCUGAUUCACAGGUCACUUCUUUUCACCUUUUGGUAACUGCAUUUAACAAGUCUUAAAAAUGAUGCUUGAUAUGUUGUAGACUGAUAUUUUUUUAUAUCUUAUAAACCUUUCACCUUUCUGUAUCUCCUGCCUUUCAACUGUCUGUCUCAGUUUAACUUCUUCCAGAUCGAAAGAGAAGCUGGAGUCUUUGCAUAUGCGUAUAUUGUAUCAAAGUCUUAAUCACAAUAUGCUAGUUAAAGAGUUUCAUUUUCAAACUCUAAAUCCCCAUUACAUGCUUUUGGAAAUUAUAUUUUAUGAUUUAUGAUUGUUUACUUUUAUCCUCGGCUGUUAUUUUACGUUUAUAUGACAAUAGAUAGAACUUCAACACAUUUCUAGUGUACUGAACUGACAAGAAACCAUUAUUACCUGUGUUUAAAUACUUCCUCAGACAUUUCAGCUCAAGAUUCAUCAUCAUGUGUUUAAACUGUAUGUUUACCUUGCACUCGUGUAUUUUAGUAUAUCAAAAUCAGCUAAUAUUUGUUUUCUGUCUGCAUUCUCUGGCCUUGAAUUGUCAAUGCACUGUAUGUUGCACAAUAUCUUUCAGUCACUUGUAUUUCCUCUUUUUUGAUGAUGAACAGCAUCAUGCAUGAGCAAAAGAAGUUAAAAAAACAAUAAAAUAUGGAAACAAAUACUUAA